AUGUCGUCCUCCAGGAUUGGCGGGUUCGCCUUGACCAUCCCCAUCAUUUCCGUGGCCGUCGGAUCGAUGGGUUAUGCUGCCUGGCGCAUCAACUGGCCUGCCUUGGUGCAGUCGUUUCUGACGGGCCCAGGCCGAACAUCGCGGGUGUUGCUGCUGCUGUUCAUCGUCUUCAACUGGAAGACGCUCCCACUUGCGUGGACUUAUCGCAUCUUCUAUGCCAUGCUCUACCACAUGGUCUUUCGCAAAUCACAAAAACUCGGGCCCCGUGCCCUCUUCAAGCCCAUGAUCUCCGAUACCAAAGCGGCUCUGCUCGAGAUCGAUUACAACCUCCACAAGUCAAACUCUACCUACUUCGCCGACCUCGACGUUUCACGAACACACCUCUGUGCCUACCUGCUGCGAGACCCCAUCCGCAGCAUGUCCAACAACCUCAAGACAAGGCUCGUCCUUGACCCGCGCACCGGCCAGCCAGUCAAGGGCAACUUUGCCAUCGCCCUGGGCUCCGUCAUGUGCAGCUUCAAGCGGGAGAUUUCACCAUACCAGUCCUACGAGAUCUGGAGUCGGGUGGCUUGCUGGGACCGCAAGUGGCUCUACAUCAUCAGCUACUUCAUGCCCAAGGGCGCUGCCAGGCCUACCGAGUGGCUGGAUCCCAACUUCCGGCGCGUCCGGACCAGAGACCACAAGGAUGCCACCAGCGGCUGGGAGAAGAAGAUCCAUGCCACCGCCAUGAGCAAGUACGUCUUCAAAGUCGGCCGCUUUACCGUUCACCCCGCCAUCGUGCUGAAUGGCGCCGGCUUGCUGCCUCCUCGACCUGGUGGAUGGCAGAGCGGCGAGAACUAUCUGGGCGACGAAUCGGUAGACCUGAGCGAUGUCAACCUGACAGAUGAUGACGAGUGGGACUGGCGCCGUGUCGAGGCUCAGCGCCGUGAAGGCAUGAAGCUGGCUUCGCAAUUCCACGCCUUGGACGGACUUCACGAUAGCUUUGACGGCGGCAACUAUGGUGCCCUUGCCAGAUUCGGACCUGGCUAA